UCCCACUUCCGCCUCUUUCUUCCCUUUCCUGUUAGGCGAGAGCUGCGAAAGGCGAGAGCUGCGAAGGGCCAGGUGUCGGGCGCCGUUUCUCGUUUUCAUCAUAUAGACAAAACAGCCCUGCUGCAAAGAUGGUCAACGUACCUAAAACCCGAAGAACCUUCUGUAAGAAGUGUGGCAAGCAUCAGCCUCACAAAGUGACACAGUAUAAGAAGGGCAAGGAUUCUUUGUAUGCCCAGGGAAGGAGGCGCUAUGAUCGGAAGCAGAGUGGCUAUGGUGGACAGACAAAGCCAAUUUUCCGGAAGAAGGCUAAGACCACAAAGAAGAUUGUGCUAAGGCUGGAAUGUGUUGAGCCUAACUGCAGAUCCAAGAGGAUGCUGGCCAUUAAGAGAUGCAAGCAUUUUGAACUGGGAGGAGAUAAGAAGAGAAAGGGCCAAGUGAUCCAGUUCUAAACUUUGGGAUAUUUUUCUUCAAUUUUGAAGAGAAAAUGGUGAAGCCAUAGAAAAGUUACCUGAGGGAAAAUAAAUACAGUGAUAUUCUUACGCAAA